GUUGUGUUGUAUUUUUUGCUCGUAUUACGUGUUGAGUGCGGGGCAUAACGAAACAGUUGGCAGCAAUUUUAGCCCAUUGUCAUGCCACGUUGACGUAGCUAAUUAAAGACAAUGCCAAGCCACAAGUGACACAAGUAACUCAAUCGCCACUAUUCUAGCUGAGCACUUAAAAUAUAUAUAUAUAUAAAUUUUAUAAAGAUUUAUAAAAGUUACAAAUGCAAAAUACAAAUCAAAUUCAACACUUGAGCUUGAGGCUGGCAGGAAGCCAACAAACGUAACCCAGCUAGCAGCUAAAAGCUAACAGCUAACAAAAAGCAGGCUAACACACUCGACCAACAAUGUCGAGCGCCAGUUUGCUCGACGCACUGUGCAGUGGCAGCGGAGCUCGCCUGGCGAUGGGCACCACUGUAAUUACCUACCUAAUAGCCUAUAAUGAGGCUGCCGCACCUGGUCUGCUCUUUGCCACACUGCUGGCCACCAUCUACGGAGCAAUGGCAGCACGUUGCAAAUCUAGUCUGCGCAGCCUGCAGAUGCCUUAUGUACGAGCUACUAAUAAAUUUGAUUUUGGCUGUCUGUUCUUGGCCACCUGGAUGGAUGCUUUGGCCGCGAUGUGUGCUUGUGCAGCCUUGGCUCGAACGCUGAGCACAUGUCUGGAUGCCAUGACUGGUGGUUUGGCCAGAAUUCUGAUACUAGGCCGCAAUUCACCAGCAAACGAACCCUGGCCUGAUGUGCUUGGCGUUGCCGUUGUCAUUCUGGUCACAGCCAUGUUUAUGCUGGGUCUCGAGCACUCGAAGGCCUUUAGUUUCAUUAUGACACUUGGCAUGUUUGGCUUGAAUGCAAUUCUUAGUGCCGUUGGCUGGUGGCGUGGCGAUUUUGUCGCCUGGUCAGAAAACUACUUUCAACCAAAUGGCAUUAGUAGUUUAUUUCUGACCACCGCACUGCUCACCUAUGCCUUUCCCUGCAUUUGGUCCCAACAGAAUCGGUCUGGCCGCCAUACAGCUCUGCUGGUUCUCGCUCUCGUGAGUAUCUCGCUGCUCCUAACCGCCGUUUGUCUAUCCACUGUGGUGCACUACAAAUCCCGGGAGGAUUACGUCGCAGUGCCCCUUUUUAAUAUAUUAGAUGAUACUGGAUUUCACAAACUUGUGCCUGCAUCUGCGUGCAUGAUCCUGUUGACCAGCUCGGCAGCGUUUCUAGAAAUCUUUCCCGAACUGUAUGGCAUUGUAGUGCGUCUGGCGACCUCCGAAUGGCGUAUACUCUCCAAGCAAAUCAGUUACGAGAGCUCUGACAGCGGCAAUCCCGUGUUGGCCGUCUUUAUAGCCGGCAGCCUUUGUGCCAUGUUGGCCUUUGCUUGUCCCCUGCAGCAUCUUAGUUAUACGCUCGCUGCAAGUCACAUUUGCUCGGUGUUUCUGCGUGCCUUCUAUUUGCUAUACACGCCAUAUCGACCCAAGUUCAUGCAGCCGAGCAGCAGUGAUUCCUCGCUCUCCUACAGUCGCCUCUCCACAUCGCCUAUUGCCAAGAGUCACAGCAGCAGCAGCAGCGCCGCCCCCUCCAGCUCGAGUCGAUUGAAGCGUAGUCUCUGGAGCAUUGGCUUGUCCAAGCAGAGCGGCCCAAAGAAGCCAAAGAAGAAGCAGAGAAAUAAACCAGAGCUGGAAAAAGAAUGGUUGCUCCUAGGUGAACCGACUUCGCCUUGUCCGCAACGCGAGGGCAAAGAAGUUGAGUCCACUGUUCUCUCAGAUGGCGAGCCGCCGCCUUCCGACUUUGAGUAUCCUGAUAAGUUUGACAAAAGCGACUCGGAUACGUCAACCGAUAUAGAUGUCAUAGUGGACGAAUAUAGGCAGAAGAUAAAAGUAACCACAGCUGGACCCUUGGAGCGCAGCGUACGAGUGCCCACUGUAAGCUCCUGGAGGGUGACCAUAUUCUCGAUUAUUGUCAUCGGUUUGGGCAUUGCACUUUGUGUGGCGGGUCUUGUGCUGCGCUGGGCACCUGCUGCCUUCACUGGCGCCAUUGGGGUCUUCAUUGUGGCCAUAAUGAUGGGGAUUAUACCGCAGUAUACGGGCAGUGUCAUCAAUGUGAGUCCCGUGCUCUGUGGAAUGUCGCUGCUGCUCAGCGUGAUCUUCUUCUCGUCGUGUGCCGUGCAUUCGUGGCCAGGAGUACUCGUCUGGCUGUUGGCUGGACUCAUUCUCCUAAUGCGAUGUGAUCGAUAUUGUUGCAAUUGUUUUGAGCACACAACUAUCUUAAAUGCCCAGCUGAUACCCAGUGUGUCGGGUAAGACGUCCAACUCGUCUGGAGGAAUUGUACAAGCGUCAUCUUCCACAAGAAUUAGGAUGCCUCGACCGCCUAAGGGUGUGAUUGGUUUGCCACAACGUGUCAGCGGGAUUAGAUGACAAUCAGAGUCCUCCUCCGAGGAGGGGGAGGACCUAUUUCAUGAGGAUUUCAAUGUACGCGAUUUCGAUGAGGAGAAUGCCGAUGAGGAUUGCUGGACUGAUUAGGAUUCAUUGCAGCCUAUUAAAGGACGCCUUUUAAAUGUUAGCUAGUCUUUUAAAUAUUUACAACAAGGACAAAUGUCGCCUCAGCUUAAAGCUAGUAUUACUAUAUUAUUACACAAAAUGUUCGCCUCCAUUUCUAGUUAGUUUGUAUCUAUAAAAAGCAGCUAUUUAUUGUUAGUUCUAUUUACGAUAGAUCUAAUAAAAAAAACAAUACAACUUGGCUGAAAUGCAAA